CUCUCUCUCUCUCUCUCUCAAUUGCCUUCCUGAGAAUUGAAACUUGUUUCAUCAAUGGAGAGCAUUAAUCCAGUUCAGCUUUUUCUUCAUCUUUCUGUAAUACUGGUCUUAAUAGACCUUGUUUCUGUUUCUACAGCUGAACAAAGUGUUUCGUCGAUCAAGACUGAUGCAGAAGCUCUUCUCACGUUCAAAAAGAUGAUUCAGAAGGACCCAAAUGGAGUUUUGAAAGAUUGGCAGCUUGGCAGGAAUCCAUGCACCUGGCAUGGAGUUACGUGCUCUAUGGGCCGAGCAACUCAGCUCGAUCUCACCGGGUGUUACCUUGUGGGGACAAUCUCUUUUGAUCCCUUGGCUUCUCUAGAUAUGCUCUCUGUCUUAAAACUGCCAACAAAUUCAUUCAGUGUAAAUUCUACCUCUCUGCUUCAGCUCCCAUAUGCUUUGAAACAGCUUGAUUUAUCUUUCAAUGGACUUUUUGGUGUUGUUCCUGAGAAUCUUUUCUCGAAGUGUCCAAACCUCGUCUUUGUAAACCUUGCUUUCAACAAUUUGACAGGUCCUCUGCCCAAAGAUCUCUUAUUGAAUUCUGACAAACUUCAGACUCUCGACCUUUCUUACAACAAUCUAACCGGGCCAAUUUCUGGUUUGCAAAUUGAGAAAUAUUCUUGCCCUUCUCUGCUGCAGCUUGAUUUGUCAGGAAACCGUAUAACGGGUUCCAUUCCUAUGUCUCUGGCAAACUGCACCAGUCUCAAAACUAUGAGUUUAUCAUCCAACAAUGUGACAGGAGAAAUCCCAAGAUCAUUUGGGCAACUCACCAGUUUACAGAGAUUGGACCUUUCUCACAAUCAGAUCACUGGUUGGAUACCUCCCGAGUUGGGAAAUGCAUGCACUUCACUUGUCGAACUUAAGCUUUCAUAUAACAACUUUACUGGUCCAAUUCCAGCAACUUUUUCCUCAUGUUCUGUGCUGGAACUUCUUGAUCUGUCUAACAACAAUUUAACAGGUCCCCUACCAGAUUCUAUCUUCCAGAAUCUCAGCUCCUUAGAGAGCUUGCUGUUGAGUAACAACAUCAUCACUGGAUCACUUCCAGGUUCCAUAUCAGCUUGCAAAAGUCUACAGGUUAUAGACUUGAGCUCUAAUAAAAUAUCUGGUGUCAUCCCACCAGACAUAUGCCCAGGAGCCUCCUCACUCCAGGAGCUGAGAAUGCCAGACAACCUCAUUGUUGGAGAAAUCCCUGCUCAACUAUCACAAUGUUCUCAGCUGAAGACAAUUGAUUUCAGUUUAAACUAUCUCAAUGGCUCAAUUCCAGCUGAGCUUGGGAAGCUGGAGAAUUUGCAGCAGCUAAUAGCAUGGUACAAUGGCUUAGAGGGAAAAAUCCCACCAGACUUGGGAAACUGCAGGAAUCUCAAGGAUCUUAUUCUCAACAAUAACCGCCUAACUGGUGAGAUCCCAGUUGAACUGUUCAGAUGCAGUAACCUCGAAUGGAUAUCACUCACAAGCAAUAAACUAAGUGGCGAAAUCCCAAAAGAAUUUGGCCUUUUGACAAGACUGGCUGUUCUGCAACUUGGGAACAAUAGCUUGGGUGGGCAGAUACCAGGAGAACUGGCCAAUUGCAGCAGUUUAGUUUGGUUGGAUUUGAACAGCAACAGACUCACUGGAGAGAUCCCACCUCGACUUGGGAGGCAGCUUGGGGCCAAAUCCCUGAGCGGAAUUCUCUCUGGCAAUACUUUGGUGUUUGUACGGAAUAUUGGUAAUUCUUGUAAAGGAGUAGGAGGUUUAUUAGAAGACCCAACACUGAAGACUUGUGAUUUCACCAGAUUGUACUCUGGCGCAGUCCUGAGUCUCUUUACAAAAUACCAAACGCUGGAGUAUCUUGAUCUUUCUUACAAUCAGCUGCGUGGGAAAAUCCCAGAAGAAAUGGGGGACAUGAUUGCAUUACAAGUUCUUGAGUUAUCCCACAACCAGUUAUCAGGUGAGAUUCCUGCAUCACUUGGCAAGCUCAAAGAUUUAGGAGUGUUUGAUGCAUCACAUAACAGACUGCAGGGUCAUAUCCCUGAUUCAUUCUCCAACCUAUCUUUCUUGGUUCAAAUUGAUCUGUCCAGCAAUGAAUUAACUGGCGAAAUUCCCACAAGAGGGCAGCUCAGUACACUUCCUGCUACCCAGUAUGCUAACAACCCUGGACUCUGUGGGGUUCCAUUACCUGAGUGCCAGAGCAGCAAUGACCAACAAGCCACCACUCCAAGUGACCAGGAUGCAGGCAAAGGAAGACGAAGGCCAUCGGUGGCAUCAUGGGCUAAUAGCAUUGUCUUGGGGGUUCUGAUUUCUCUUGCUUCUGUCUGUGUUCUGAUUGUGUGGGCAAUUGCCAUGCGCACAAGGCGAAAGGAAGCAAAGGAGGUGAAGAUGCUUAAUCGCUUGCAAGCAUCCCAUGCAGCCACCACAUGGAAAAUUGACAAAGAGAAAGAACCCUUGAGCAUUAAUGUUGCAACUUUCCAAAGACAGCUGAGGAAGCUCAAGUUCUCCCAACUCAUUGAGGCAACCAAUGGCUUCUCAGCAGAUAGUCUUAUAGGGUGUGGAGGUUUUGGAGAAGUGUUCAAGGCAACGCUGAAAGACGGGACAAGUGUUGCAAUCAAGAAACUUAUACGGUUAAGCUGCCAAGGUGACCGCGAAUUCAUGGCCGAGAUGGAAACUCUGGGUAAGAUCAAGCACAGGAAUCUUGUGCCCUUACUGGGUUAUUGCAAAAUUGGUGAAGAGAGGCUGCUAGUAUACGAGUACAUGGAGUAUGGAAGCCUUGAAGAAAUGCUCCAUGGAAGAACAAAGACACGUGACAGGCGGAUUCUAACAUGGGAGGAAAGGAAAAAGAUUGCAAGAGGUGCAGCGAAAGGACUCUGUUUCCUCCACCACAAUUGCAUCCCUCACAUUAUACACAGAGACAUGAAGUCAAGCAAUGUGUUGUUGGACAAUGAAAUGGAAGCUAGAGUUUCUGAUUUUGGGAUGGCAAGGCUCAUAAGUGCUCUUGACACCCACUUAAGCGUAAGCACUCUCGCAGGCACUCCUGGUUAUGUUCCACCUGAAUACUACCAAAGUUUCCGGUGCACUGCAAAAGGCGACGUUUACUCAUUUGGGGUUGUCCUGUUGGAGCUUGUGACUGGAAAACGCCCAACAGACAAGGAGGAUUUUGGGGACACAAACUUGGUGGGAUGGGCGAAGAUGAAGGUGAGAGAAGGGAAACAGAUGGAAGUGAUAGACCUAGAGUUGCUUUCAGUAACCAAAGGAACUGAUGAAGCAGAAGCUGAAGAAGUGAAAGAGAUGGUGAGGUAUUUGGAGAUAACACUGCAGUGUGUAGAUGACUUCCCAUCUAAGAGGCCUAACAUGUUGCAGGUGGUGGCCAUGCUAAGAGAGCUGAUGCCUGGAUCAACAAAUGGAAGCAGCAAUAGUGCUUGAAAGUUGAAACAGGGGAGGAGGGGGAGUAUGUUUCUUGUACGUUUAUCAGUAUCAUCAUCAUCAUCAUUGUAAGAAUAUAAUGUUUGUAAGAUUUGUUGCUCAGAUGGAUAUUAAUGAUUUUGUUGUACCUACUCUGCAAAUCGUUACUUUCUUCUUUAGCUAUACAUGUUGUAUGUUGACCACUGGCUAAUUGGAAGCAAGCAAUAGAGCAU